CUGAACCUGUUCUGCAAUUGUAGAUCUGCAAGUGGAAACGGAGCCACCUUUUCAUGCGACAGAGUCAAGUUAGUAUCGCAAAACGGUCAUACCACAUGCCACUGAAACAGCAAGAGAAGUCCUUGAAGAGCCCACUUCCUCCAACAUCCCAGAUUGUGGGUCUCGGUGACCUUGCAAAAGAUCCUCAUGAAGUGCUGUCUGGGUGCUGCAGGAAGAGGAUCAAAGAGAAGUGGAUCAAAGAGACCGAUUCAGCUUACUACAGGCUGGCAAAGCAAGGAGGCUGACCUGACCUAUGGAAGCACUACACUCCGGUGACAAUGAAGUCCUCUCCAGCAGCAUAUGUCGCACCUGACAGGUAAUCACACUGCUCCAGUCCCCCAGUGACUGCUGAGCCAAAGCAAAGCUAUGUUUCCUCUUUACCAGAUUAUAUGAUUCACAGAGAGUUGAAGGCUGAUGACCAUCAUGGUAAUAGUUAUAAGACAAGAAGAGGACCUUUUGAUUUUGAUGUGGAAAGUGUUUGGCAGUGGGACAUUGAGGACAAAGAAAACGCAGAGAAAAAGAAGGUAAAGCUCCCAGCUAUUAACCCUAAAUAUCCAAGCAGAAUGCCAAAUGUUUCUACAAACAAGGAAUUUAGUGGGAAAAAUAAGCUUUCCUUCCCACCUCUGCCUCCUCAGAGAAAAAGCAAAGCAGUAAACUUUAGCAAAUUAAUUAGCAGUGGUUAUGGGACUGGUUGGUUUCAGCAGUAUACUGGAGGGGAAAAAAAGAUUCAAGAACCAUCAGAAAAUAGUGAGCAUUCCAAAGAUUCAGAGCCAUCAUAGUCCAAAUCAGCACCUGCAAGCAACAAGUCAAAGCCACUGUUUCAGAGUUGUAAUAAUUAACUUCAAAGACUUGGGGAAAGUAAAGCCUUAUAUGGCUUAUAUAGUCCACUAUUUGCAUGUUUUUUAGAUUACUUUUUAUAGUGGAACUUAUCCCUGGUUGAGAAGUUCAUGUAGUUUGUAAUACAUACUUCAUUGUUCUUGAAUACAGCAAAUUUUAUAGUAUAGGCAACAGCUGUCAGACCAUAUUCCUAAACUUUUUCUUAAAAUCAUAAUCAAAACAAAGCAAAACUGAAGUUCUCUCCUACACCAGACUAGUGCUUCUUUGCUGUUGUCAAAUAGGGUUACCAUAUUGCUGCUGAUUUGUCUAAUCACAGGCAUGAUAUCAAUGUGUCCAAACCUGCAAGUUUCUUUUUUCAACUACAGUUAUACUCAUGAGCUAUGCUAUAAAGAAAGGUGAAGGGCAACUGUAUGGUAUGGAAUGAAAUGUAAAUAAAAUUGAACUGGUAUGGAUAUUGCAGUGGAAAAAGUCAAACCUUCACUAGAAAGAUGUCUUCUUAGUCCCAAAAGCAGAUUUACUUACACCAGAUAUUCAGCUUUCUAGGACGAUUCUAUUGCUGUGCCUGCUGCAUAAGAACUAGUCGAUCAGUCAUAGUGUUUAGCCACAUAAUUAAGACCUGGUGGCAUUUCCUUUUAUAGUGUUGUUAUCUAGAAGAUGAAUCAUUAGGUAACAGUGGUGUGGACUAAGCUAUACAUGAUGUAUGCACUUUCAGCUGUUAAAUAAAUAUUUUAUUUAUCCUAAAGU